GCACACAGCAAAGGUUUGUAUAUUUCUGUAAAAUCUGACAUAAGAAGAUGGAUUGUCUGCUACAUAUACUUCUGGCGGUAUGCCUGAUACUUCGUUUUCAAGUGGCCAUCAGUUGGAAAAACGAUUGGGACCGUCCGCUUAACUUUCAGUGUCCUUUGAAAACUCAAGCCAUCGACGCUGUUGUGUCAUAUCACCGAAAUCAUUACGAGGAUAGGCGUUAUGAACUGCAUUGCGGAGAUGUUCUGAAAGAUCGAGAAGUUACAGUUAACUGUGAAUGGUCAGGAUAUGUCAACGACUUUGACCAAGUUGUCCAUUUCCAAUGCCCUGGAGCAGGAUACAUAAACGGGAUGCAUAGCUAUCAUCAUAAUUAUUAUGAAGACAGACGUCACGAAUUUCGUUGCUGUGGACCAAAAAGCUCAAAUUACUACUAUAGUAAUUGCAGAUGGACUGGAUGGCUGAAUAACUUCGAUGAUCCUGUGGCUUAUUUUGUCCCUAAUGGUUAUGUUUUGCGUGGUGUCAACAGUUUCCAUCAUAACCAUUAUGAGGAUCGUCGAUUUCGGUUUGAAGUAUGUCAGCUUCUCACAAGAUAAAUAAAAGAUUGGGAACACAUUUUUGUAUUAAAUGUUGCUUGUGUUAAUAACAACUUUGA